GAAGCCGUUAGUAGCCUACUUGAUGAUGAGCACUGCAGUCGCUUUUAUAUUUUCAGUAGUCUGUUACCUAUUAAUAGAUCAUAUGACCACAUUUUCCCUGUAGAGAUCCAAGGAGCCCAUUUUAAAAUAGAUAUAGAGAGCUCGCUGACGUGUUUUCGGUGAUGGUGACAUUGUGAUAGGUCGUUGCGAAGGGUGGAGAGAAGGUGCACAGACGUAACUUCCCAUCGACAUCGUGCUCUGAUCACUGCAUUGAAUGACUAUGAGUAGCAGCAGACUUUAUUUACGACUUCAAUCAUGUCGUUUUUAUUCCGGUGGUAUGAGAGCGACGUAUCACCGGACCCUGGACAGGAUCGAGUUAAUGCUGCCGCCUAAAUUAAGACCUCUCUACAAUCAUCCUGCUGGGCCAAAGACGGUUUUCUUCUGGGCACCUGUUUUUAAAUGGGGUUUAGUUGUCGCUGGAUUUUCUGAUUUGACCCGGCCACCAGAAAAGCUCAGUCUCUCUCAGUCCUGCGUCAUUACAGCCACAGGAUUAAUUUGGUCAAGGUACUGCUUGGUGAUCAUUCCCAAGAACUGGGCUCUGUUUGCUGUUAACUUCUUCCUGGGCAUAUGUGGAACCACCCAGCUCGUAAGAAUAUGGAGGUACAACCAACAGCUACAGGAGAAAGGAGAGGAAGUGCAGCAGACUUGAAGUGCCAUUUAGUCUGACAGAAGUGGAACGGUGAACAAGUUUUGCUGUUUUUCAGUUACUGUAAAAGCAAUGGAUCAGCAUUUUGCACACAGAAUUUGUUAUAUAGAUCAAACAUAUCUGUGUAAAAUAGAAAAAAAAAAUGUCAAUCAUAUUGUUUAAAAUGUUAUCACAUAAAAUUGUGAUAUGAUGAUUGUAAUUCUGGUGUUCUUGAUUGUAUACUGUACUUUGUUGUUAUUCUGAUCCACUUCUAUCAAUUUCUCAGUUUUAAAGGGGUCAUAUCAUCAUAAUAAUAAUAAAAUAAGUUGUGCCUAUAAUAUUAAUGUUUUUUUGUUUUGUUUUUUCUUGUUUUGUGCCAAAACAGUCACAAUUUAGUUUUUUUAAGACUUGAAAAGAAAACCUAAAAAUUACAGUUGUAUUCCUCAUUAUUAGGUUGCUUUGGAUAAAAGUGCCUGCUAAUUGAAUAAAUGUACAUGUGCGAUACAAACUGCUAAGAUCAAACUGAAAUGUCCAGGGAUAUUGUUAAAAAUAAGAACUCAAUGUUUUGUGUUCUGAAAGUCACAAUGUUUUUCCAGUACUUAAUUUUUUUUUUUUUUUUUCUCAAAAGAUUAAGGGGUAAUUUGAUUCCUCAUGAUAUGACCCCUUUAAAAUAAAAAAAAUAAUAAUAAAAAAAUAAUGGUCAUAUGGCAAAACUACCAUCCUGCAUGAAUGCACUGUAUGCCAAAUGUUGUCUGUUUUGCAUUAGAGAGCUCAGAUGAAAACAGGAAGUGGGUAAAAGGCAUUACCAGAUCAGUCACAGACUUUCACAUGUACACAACAGACACGCAUGAUAGAUGAUAGACAUGAUGUUUUAAAGUGUUUUUGUUUGUAGCACUUUAUUGCACAUAAUAGUAAUAUCUCUGUCAAUUUAUGCUUUUAUUAAAUCAAAAUUGAAAUUA